AUGUCCGAACAAGCACCGAAGCCGAACACAAUGGCAGAUGUCCUUUCAAGGUUGCCAGACAAGCGCCCAAUUCAAAUUCAAAUUGCCCAAUUGAAAGCUCAUCUGACAAACACCAUUAAGACUCUCCAACUUAGUCUUAUGUCAGAGAUGACCAAUCUCAAAGCCGAUGUCCUCAAGCAAAAAGCUUCCAAUGAGAAAGUCCUGAACGAUUUCUCAGAAUCGUUGCGCAAUUACGAGAGAGAAAACCGAGACCUUGCCAGACUCAUAUACCGUUUCUUCGAAGAGAUAGACGCCAUCUGGAAGGUACUCGGAAAGGACAGAACAUGCAACACCGUACUUCGUGAGUACCAAAUUGAAGAAGGAAUUGUCGAGGAAGAAGAGGAAGAAGAGAAACACGAAGAAGAGGAAGUUUGGGCAACCCUUGUUGCCGAUGA